CCUCGACCGUCAAUACAAAGGUAAACAAUGAACAUGGCUGUUUAUUUUAGAUAUCAAAUCCUUUUGUGAAAAACCAUGGAUUCCAUGAGGAAAAUAAGAAGGAAUUCGGUUUGCUUGGAUGAAAACAAACGAGCACAGUCCAAAUGAUGCUAGGAUUCUAGUUCUCUAGGACUGGAGAUAUCAACAAAUAUCCACAAUAUCAAAGAUGUUCUUCCAAUUAAUCUCUCAGACAAGAGAAAUGUUUAAAGAGUGAUAUGAAGAAAUCAACCAACAAUAAUCAGACCUAUAGAGUAAAGAAAACAAAGGACAAGGAGCAAGAAAAAUCAGCAGAGCAGGAUGUAGCAUUUUUGGUCUGUUUCAGAAUACUAAUAAACAAUUACCAAUGAAAACAACUAUAAUAUUACCAAGUGUGUUAUGAAUAUAUUAUACUGCAAGAAAUUACUUUACGUUUUUAAUCUACACUGAUUUAUUUUUAUGACAUAAUCUCAGUAAACCAGAUCAUAACAGCAUAGUUCUCUUCCAUAAUUUAUGCAUUGAGUUUCGAAGUUCUAGAAGCAUGUUCUUGGAAGGAUUUAGAUGUAGGUACUACAUCUUCUGUCAUUGACAUAAGGUUUUUCUUAAUAAUGGAUCUGAGCAAUGAUAUGUUCUUGGUCUACAGUUUCAUUGUCUGUACUGUUUUUGCCAUUCAGACUGUUAGUUUCCAUCUUCUCAGUGACUACUCAGCAGCUCUAACUCGCUUUGCCUUCAUUCUCCCUUAGGAGAUAUCCUCCAUGUGUUUCUCUCACUACUAAGGUGUGUCACUUCUUUCAGUGCCUUACAUUUGAACUCUAAAGACAUAUCUUCAUCUGAUGGUCUGUAUUUUCACUUGUCUUUUUUCCUUAUUUAGGAUCUUUUGAUUUAUUUGCCUCAUAUCUUCAGACUCGGUUGUUCUCUUCUUCACUUGCUGCUCUAUGUCUGGUUUGGUUCUCUGCAUUUUUAUCUGGAAAAAAUGGAAAUCAAAAUAAGAAAUACUGAAAAGAAAAACUUGUCUACAGUUUGUUAAUAGAGAAUAUGUGAUGACUAUUAUUAGCUUAAUGUGAAUUUGAUUAUUUAUUUAUUUAUUUAUACUCUUACAAACACAUUUGAAAUGUAAUUAUAUGUGGGAGUGCUUACUGGCUUGCAGAAAGAAAAAGGAAAACCAAUAAUAAUGAUGAAACCAAACCUACACUAAAACUAAUAACAUUUAAUAAAAUACACCUACUUACAAUUAAAAAUCAAAAACAAAAAGAACAGAUUAACAAGUAAAUGAUUAAUCAGAUAAGGAUACAAAAUCAGUCUUAAUUUGGCGAAUACUAAUAUUGAAGAGAUCUAUAUCAUAUUUUUGUAUAUAACUAUUACAUUCUUGCAUCAUUCUAUUAAAUGGCGAACAACUUGAGGGUGAACACUGGAAAAGAUUGUUAUUUCUUAUUCUCAAAUUGAUUUUAGGAACAGCAAAUGAUAGAUCAUUAAUUAAAGAACAGUUCUUAUAUAUAUUAUGUAGAAUUGGUAGUAUUAGCUUUAUAAUUGGGGGAGUUUAUAUUCCCCCAAAUUCUGCAAUUAACUUAUCUGAAAGUCACUGCCAUACUGUUGACAUUCUCAGGCAAGAAUAUUCAAGCUGUGAUUUUUAUAUUUUUGGUGAUUUUAAUGUACCUGAUUCAAGUUGGGGGAAUGACAACAAUGGUGUGGUAGUGACUUGUCCUUUAAACUCGGCGGGUCUAGUUUUAGGUCAGCAUUAUGCUUGUUUGAGUUUUUAUCAGAAUAUUACAAUUCCAAAUGAUAGGCUUGUUUAUUUAGAUCUAAUUUUUUCAAGCAAGCAAACUCUUGCUGUAAUGGAAGCAGUUGAUUGUCUUUUUGAGGGGUCAUUUAAUCACAAAGGGUAUAAUUUUGAAAUUGAUUUUAGUUGUGAAACUCAGUCGAAUUUAAACUAUGUAGAGUUUUAUUAUGAUUUUAAAAUGGGUGAUUAUAUUGGUAUUAAUAAUUACUUAUGUGAAAUUAAUUGGGACUUGGUUUUAAGCUCAGCAGACAUUAAUAUAGCAGUCUCACAUUUUUAUCAUAUAUUGGAUAUGGCUAUAGCACUUUUUGUUCCCCUAAAGAGAUACAAAACUUCAAAGUUUCCUAGUUGGUUUUCAGCUGAAUUAAGAUAUUUAGUUAGGCUAAAGAAAAUUGCACACAAAUGCUACAGGGUCAGUCAUAAUGUGGCAGAUUAUAUUACUUUUUCAAACAUUAGGGCUAGAUGUAAAACUUUGACUGAUAUUUGUUAUGAUAAUUAUAUUUCAAACUUAGACCAACUACUCUACACUAACCCUAAAAGUUUUUGGUAUAACAUAAACAAUAAAAGAUCAAAUAAUAAACUUCCUAAUUUAAUGUAUUAUAAUGAUAAUGAGUUCGUUGGCUGUGAACAGAUAGCUGAAGGUUUUGCCCAGUUUUUUUCAACAGUCUAUAGUCCUAUUAAUAAUAUAAACAAUAAUGGUACUUUUAUCAAUCAGCAAGCAAAGUUAAAUAUGACCAUUCCUAAUCCCACCCUUUCCAUUGGGUUGAUUUUUGAUAAAAUUACCAAGUUGCCACCCAAAGUUAAUUCAGGACCCGAUGGCAUUCCGAAUUAUUUUCUAAUAAAGUGUGUAUGUACUAUUUCAUACCCUCUUUUUAUAGUUUUUAAAAGAUCUUUAGAUUCUGCAAUUUUUCCAACCUUGUGGAAACAUAGUUUUGUAAUGCCAAUUUUUAAAUCUUGCGACAAUAGCAAAAUCGAGAAUUACAGAAGUGUUUGUAUACAAUCAGCCAUUCCGAAGCUCCUGGACAGUCUUAUCUAUGAUCAAUUAUAUUUUUAUUGUAAAGAGUUGUUACUUAGCGAACAACAUGGAUUUAUUUCUGGAAAGUCUACUGUGACUAAUUUGUUAGUGUUUCAGCAGAAUCUGUUGAAUGCCUUGGAGAGGGGAUGUCAGAUGGAUGUAAUCUACACCGACUUCUCCAGGGCGUUCGACAGAGUUGACCAUAGUAUUUUGGGAGGACCCAGCAGGCACGAAUAG